AUGAAAAAAACGUCGCGUUAUUUCACCGAGAAGGAAGCGAGCAAUGCAACAGAUGAACAUGGGGAACCUUCACUCCCGAAGCUUGAAAUAAAGCAGGAUGGAGAAUUGGAACAGGCAGGUAAACAACCGCCAUUCAGAAAAGGAAAACGAGAUAAAAAUGCUCACCAAAAUGCACCCUUUAGACCGAAACAAGAAAAAGCACUUCAAAUUCCCAUUGAUCCGGCCGCGCUGCUACGUCAUUCGCGGGGCGAAUCUAUGAAUUUAGCCGGUGUGAAAUCGAAAUUGCAUAAAAUCAAUGAAAAGCGUAGGGAUAUUAAUAUUGAGUACGCUGCACAGCAAGCUGCUCGGGCGGAAAUUCUACUGCACGAGGAGGAAGGUUAUCUCGAAGCGGAUGAAGGCGAAAGUACAACCAACAUUACGCAGAAGGAAAUAGUGGAUAAUGUGGACAUAACAACAGCAACGAAACACUUCAACUUAGCACUUGACUUUGGUCCAUAUCGCGCACGUUAUACGAAAAACGGUAAGUUCUUGCUGCUGGGCGGGAAACGUGGCCACGUUGCAGCGUUCGAUUGGGUACAAAAGAAGCUGCUGUGUGAAAUGAACGUAAUGGAAUCGGUGCACGAUGUUUCAUGGUUGAUGAAUCAAACGAUGUACGCUGUGGCGCAGAAAAACUGGGUACAUGUGUACGAUAACAAGGGAACGGAGUUACAUUGCAUUAAGGCGAUGCAUCGGAGCGUACGGUUAGAGUAUCUGCCGUAUCACUUUUUGCUGAACAGUGCUGGCGAAAAUGGGUUUCUCUCGUGGAUGGACAUAUCCGUCGGCCAGUCAAUAGGAAACUACAAUACCAAAAUGGGUAAAAUAUCAGCAAUGACACAAAAUCCUUGGAAUGCGGUUACGUGUAUCGGUGGUUCGAAAGGUGUAGUUUCAAUGUGGUCACCGAUGGUGCGAGAUCCGCUUGCUAAGAUGUUAUGUCACCCGGUCCCGUUGACUGCAAUCACAAUCGAUCCGAGAGGUGUUCACAUGGCAACGGCGGGAUUGGAUCGUAAGAUAAAAAUAUGGGACAUAAGACAGCUGGAAGGUCCGCUCGAAACGUAUCACAUCAAUAUAGCAGCCUCGGAGAUCGAGCUGUCCCAGCGCGGGUUGUUAGCACUGGCCAUGGGCAAUGUGUGUGAGGUCUACCGUAGAACUCACAAUUUCAAUGCAGAUAGAAUGGAGCCUUAUAUUAGGCAUGGAACAAACGGUUCCAUAGCUAGCAUCAGAUUUUGUCCAUAUGAAGAUAUCCUCGGUUUAGGUACAUCAAAAGGCUUCGUGUCUUUGAUUGUGCCUGGUUCGGGCGAACCAAACUUCGACACCUUUGAAGCUAAUCCGUACCAAUCACUUUCGCAACGACGUGAAGAGGAGGUACACAAACUGCUCGAGAAGAUUCCUGCCGAAUUCAUUGGUCUUAAUCCUACACAAAUCGACGAGGUGGAUGUACCUUCCGCCAAACAACGACUGGAACAGAAGGUAAAACUGUUGACCCUAAAACCACCAAGGAUAGAUUUUGAGCCGCGUAAACGAAACCGCGUCUCGAAAGCGAAACUAGUCCAGAUAAAACGUAACGUAAAGGAGGCUCGUUUCCUCGAGGCGGCCAAAGAGUUGCGCGAGAUCAAAGAGAAACUGUUGGCGGAGGAAGAACCCACACAGGAAUCCACCGAUUUCAUACCGCUAGAAUCGAAAAGUGUGCUCGAUCGUUUCAGCUCGAAGAAAAAGAAGAAAUCUGCUAAAUAA